UUCCCUGAUAUUUAAAUUUCGUCUGGAUAAGUUACGCACGCCCUGAGUUUCAAAUAAAAAUUAUUCGAUUUUUUAAUUUCUAAACUACUCGGAAUAGAAAGUACUAAAAUAACGAAAGCCUUGGUUGUCGUAUGGCUACGUCAUCAUUGUAUUCGUCGACCGUUGUGGGACAAGUUUAGUAUCUAAUUGGUUGGAUGACUAUUUGUUGUGGCGUCAGUAUAGUGUAGUACGACUAUAUAUAGUCAACACAAGAUGUCAAAGUACAUAAUUACAAAAAUACACACGAUUAUUAAUACCCACGCCAUUUUCUUCCGAAAUUACGGUCGCAGUGGUAUAGUUUUCAAAACUAGAAUAGAAACCAAUAAUCAAUUAGUUUAGCUACUUACUCUUAAGCAUGUGAUAAUGGAGAGGAGGAAAAAUAAUAAUCAAUCAAUAAUCAAUCAAGUUGGGAAAACGACUUUACCAGCAACUCCGUUGGUUUGUGAAUAAACAACAAGACAUAAAUAUGGGUGGGGUGCCCGUCAUAUUAUUAUAUUAACAUGACAGUAUUUCAUUUUUCUUCGCCGAGGACGAUUAACAAUAUUUUUUUAAAGGUAAUAACAAUUUCCUUUUGUAAGAAAACAUUAAACUGAUAAAUAGUGCUCUAUGCUUGUAAAGAGGCAAUGCAACAACGGACAUGGGUGAUCGAACCCUAACACAACCAAUGUACGUGUAUAAUUAUUUAGAAGGUAAUGCAGUAAAACUCGGAAUAUUCUUGGAAACCAUGAUGGUCCAAGCCUCCAAAAAGGAGAAUGGUCCAAUGUGUUAGUCUCUUUGCCUUUGACAAGAACAUACGUAAUAAUAAAAUUAUGUACUGUAUUAUGUAUAUUAAUUAAACGAAUUACGGUAAAAACAAAGUUCUUACGUCAUAUAAUAUAUUAACAAAAAGCCCAUCCAGUCGUUAUCAGUGGAGAUAUUUACUCCCGGGAAAAACUAAAGAUAACUACAAUUAUGCCGUCUGCUUUUCACGAAAGUAAAACUAAUGUUAAGUAUAUAAACAUUAAAAUAAUAAUUAAAUACUCAAAUUAAAGUGACAGUAAGAAAAUUAGAUCACAGAUUUAAAUUUGGAAGUGUGUAUUUUGUAACUUUGUUCUCACGUAUAAUUAAUUAGCUUACAAAUACAAAAAUCUAGAAGAGAAUCACAAGAAUGAUGAUGAAUUAAUGUUUUUGGAAAGAAGAUUAAUGCAUUGAUGUGUUUAGCCAUGGAAACAAUACAUCUUUCGGUAGUAACCUUGGAAAACAAGUUUAAAGCAUAUACUUACUCACCAAAUAUAAACAUUUCCAAGUUAAACGUACUGUAAAUUGAACCAAAAAAUGUUUUGACACUUUAAUACAUAAAACAUUAAUUUUACAUUCCCUAUCAAAACCAUGGAACAAUACAUCGCCUUUACAGCAACUUUGCUAAGUACUCAAAUAUCAUUUGAUCUUCUAUUGGUUUGUGAUUUGGUAAUAUUUUUAAACCAAAACUAUAUGAUUAAAAGCAGUCCACUGUAAAUAGAGGAGAAUCCAAGUUAGAAAUGAGAAUACUAGCGACUCAGUUGGUUUGUGAAAAACAAACAAGAAGAUGGUUUUGAAGGAUGGGUCCCUUCAACAAUGCCAUAUUUUCUUAAUUAUGAAUAAUUUUGUAAAGUGGAAUGUGAACUUGAUAAAAGGAAAGCAAAUCAUACAAAUUAGUCAGCUAAAAGAUUGAGAAAAACUAUGUAUCAUAUAUUAUUUGCAUGUAACACGCUGGCUACAGUGUGUACAUUAUUGUAGUUUAACCAGUGUAAAAAGUAUUUAAAUGUUAAAUAGUGACUAAUUAGUAAAAUUGAGAAACAAUUAAAAAUAAAAAUACAGAAAAAGGAAGGAGUUAAAGCAUUUGUAUUAAAUUUAAUUGAACAGAUAUUUACUAAUUUACUUUUUGCGCAAGCAUAAAACCUCUCUUAGCACACCAACCCAACUAUAUAUAAAGACAGCAGCACCAUCGUUACAUUUCAUUACUCACAAACACACAAAUAAAAACAUCGAUCAUACUAUUCCUGUAAUGGACACCAAAAUCGGAUCCAUCGACGCGUGCAAGCCCACCAAUGGCGACGUCGGUAGUCCACCAAGCGGCGCCGUCGCAACCAUCCAUGACUCUGCUCCCUCCUCCGCUCUCUCCGUCGGCUCCUCCGAAGCGACUCUCGGGCGUCACUUGGCCCGACGUCUUGUCCAGGCUGGAGUCACCGACAUCUUCUCUGUCCCCGGCGAUUUCAACCUAACUUUGCUGGACCACCUCAUCGCCGAGCCGGAGCUCAAGAACAUCGGCUGCUGCAACGAGCUGAACGCCGGCUACGCUGCCGACGGUUACGCUCGAUCUCGCGGAGUGGGCGCUUGCGUCGUGACCUUCACGGUAGGUGGACUUAGCGUUUUGAACGCGAUCGCUGGUGCGUACAGUGAGAAUCUGCCGGUUAUAUGUAUCGUUGGAGGUCCUAACUCCAACGAUUUUGGCACUAACCGUAUUCUCCAUCACACCAUCGGUUUACCUGAUUUUAGCCAAGAGCUUAGGUGUUUCCAGACCGUUACUUGCCACCAGGCGGUGGUGAACAACUUGGAAGAUGCACAUGAACAAAUAGACAAGGCCAUUUCAACAGCUCUUAAAGAGAGCAAGCCUGUUUACAUCAGCAUCAGCUGCAACUUAGCUGCUACUCCUCAUCCAACUUUCAUCCGUGAUCCUGUUCCCUUCUCCCUUACUCCAAGAUUGAGCAAUAAGAUGGGCCUUGAAGCUGCGGUUGAAGCAACUUUGGAGUUUCUCAACAAGGCCGUGAAGCCGGUCAUGGUUGGUGGUGUCAAGCUACGUGUAGCCAAAGCCAGCGAUGCUUUUGUCGACCUUGCAGACGCUUCUGGCUACGCCAUGGCGGUGAUGCCAUCUGCAAAGGGCCUAGUCCCGGAGCACCAUCCUCACUUCAUUGGGACUUACUGGGGAGCAGUGAGCACUCCUUUCUGCUCCGAGAUUGUGGAAUCCGCAGAUGCCUACAUCUUCGCGGGCCCAAUCUUCAACGACUACAGCUCUGUGGGUUACUCUCUUCUCCUCAAGAAAGAGAAAGCCAUCGUUGUGCAUCCUGACCGUGUCACUAUUGCCAAUGGUCAAACCUUUGGGUGCGUUCUCAUGAGCGAUUUCUUCACUGAGUUGGCUAAGAGGGUGAAGCGUAACGAGACGGCUUAUGAGAACUACCACAGGAUCUUUGUCCCUGAAGGCAAGCCAUUGACAUGCAAACCAAAAGAGCCUUUGAGAGUCAACGCAAUGUUCCAACACAUUCAGAAGAUGAUCUCUAGUGAAACCGCUGUCAUUGCUGAAACCGGUGAUUCUUGGUUUAACUGCCAGAAACUAAAGCUGCCUAAAGGAUGUGGUUUUGUGUUUAAUUCUAGGUACGAGUUUCAGAUGCAGUAUGGAUCCAUCGGGUGGUCUGUAGGUGCGACUCUGGGAUACGCACAAGCUGUACCAGAGAAGCGAGUGUUGGCUUUCAUCGGUGAUGGAAGUUUCCAAGUGACGGCUCAGGACGUAUCCACGAUGCUGCGUAACGGUCAGAAAACAAUCAUAUUCCUCAUUAACAACGGUGGCUACACCAUUGAAGUGGAGAUUCAUGACGGUCCAUAUAACGUGAUCAAGAACUGGAACUACACUGGUCUCGUCGAUGCCAUUCAUAACGGGGAAGGAAAAUGCUGGACCGCAAAGGUGAGAUACGAGGAAGAGCUGGUUGAGGCGAUCAAGACAGCUACAACGGAGAAGAAGGAUAGUCUUUGUUUCAUUGAAGUGAUAGUUCACAAAGAUGAUACGAGCAAAGAGUUGCUUGAGUGGGGCUCACGCGUCGCUGCUGCUAAUGGUCGUCCCCCAAACCCUCAGUAAGGGAAUCUUGAGUGGGCCUCACGCAUCUUAAAUCACAUUGUUUCCCUGUUUAGUACUACUCUUUGUUUUUUUCCAUACUGGUUUUACUUUUCACCCGUUGGUUUUUAAUUGCUUUUGUUGUUUCUUCCAAUUAGCACGGUUAAUCGUGGAAUAAAAGUUGCUUUUUCA